GCCAUUUCUCCUCUAUUUAUAGGGUGACAUUACUGCUCAUUUAUUCAUUCAAAUCUUAGUUUUUAGAUUAUUUAAAGUAUAUAAACCUUCAACAAUGGGUCCAAGCUUCGACGACGGCACCUCACUCUACAACUUCGUCGUCCGCGACGGAAACGGCGUCAAAGGAAUGGUGGAUUCCGGCUUAACGACGGUGCCGGCGGCUUACACGCAACCGCCGAGAGAGCGGAUCGAUAAGGAAAGGGCGCGAAAACACGAGCAACCGCCGAUCGAUCUGUCGAGACUAGAUGGACCUGAACACGAUGAAGUCGCCGUCGAGAUCGUUAGAGCUGCCGAGACUCUCGGCUUCUUCCAAGUAAUCAACCAUGGUGUCCCGGUUGAUCUGCUGGAAUCGCUGAAAGACACUGCGCAUAAGUUCUUCGGCCUGCCGCCGGAACAGAAGGCCGUCUAUCGGUCGGAAGUUAGUCCGACACCGCUGGUGAAGUAUGGAACGAGCUUCGUGCCUGAGAAAGAGAAAGCUUUGGAGUGGAAAGAUUACAUCAGUUUGCAGUACGUUAAUGAUGCAGAAGCUCUUCAACAUUGGCCCAAUGAGAUAAGGGAUGUUGCACUUGAGUACUUGAGGACAUCAAUCAUGAUGGUGAGAAAAUUGCUUGAAGUUUUGAUAUUAAAUCUUGGGAUGAAAUUGGUAGAUCCAAAAAUUGAUGCACUCAUUGAUAAGAAGAUGGUUAAUAUGAAUUUUUAUCCAACAUGUCCUAAUCCGGAACUUACGGUAGGAGUAGGGCGUCAUUCUGAUAUGGGUACUCUUACAGUUUUAUUACAAGACGGAAUUGGUGGUUUAUAUGUGAAAAUCGAAGAAGAUAUGAAAUAUGGAAAGAAGGGAGAAUGGGUAGAGAUACCUCCUACUCCCGGUGCCUUGGUCAUCAAUGUUGGAGAUAUGUUACAGGUAUUAAGUAAUAAAAGGUAUAAAAGUGCAGAACAUAGAGUUCGUACUACAAACAUAGCAUCAAGGGUCUCAAUACCAAUCUUUACGAUUCCAAAUUUAACGGAAAAGAUUGCACCAUUACCUCACCUUGUAGAAAAAGACGGAAUUGCUCAUUAUAGAGAAUUUAUGUUUGUUGAUUACAUGAAAAAUUUUUUCGGAAAUGCUCAUGAAGGCAAAAAAUCUCUUGAUUUUGCAAAAAAUGUCGAUUCUUCUUGAUCGAUGGUCAAAAAAUUCGAUAUUCAUAAAUUACCGAUAAAUUAAAAGGUGAGUUAUUCACCUUGAAAUCUUACUUUGUUUCAUUUUGUUAUUAUUAUUAUUAUUAUUUAAAAUUACUCUGAUGCGAAGUUAUAUGUACCACAUUAUUCUCCAAUUUCCAUAUUUUAAAUUCAAAA